UGUGACGUCACAUUGUUGAAAUAUGGCGGACGCGGGAGAGAGGGCGAGGAAACUCGAAUCAAUGUAAAAUUCAUUUUCAUUGAUUUCAGGCUGUCUGAUCCCAGUUUUGUGUAAUCUCACCCUCAGGGGUGAGGAGAAUAAUCAUGACAUCGUUACUAUGUGUUAAGCAGCCUGGGGGCAAGGUUAAAGUUCAUUCAUCGGAUGUCGUUGAGGAGCUGAUGAUAGAUAGUAAAGAUCACAUCACCACGAUGACAAUGAAUAGAAGUGAUGUACAAAGAAGACGAGCAAAAAGACCAAUGUCUACAUCUGUCAUUCAGAGCAAAGUAGAUUCCAAGUGUCUAAUAGGCCAGACUCUUCGGGUGCAAGAUUGGCUGAAUGAGAAGACUGUGAGAGGAUUGCAGUUUGCUAUACCCCAGGCCUGGGUUGAACAACAGGAGAGAUCAGAUAUGGAAACAAAGGAGGCCAGAGAGUUGUAUAAUCCUCUCCUGGAAGUGGAGAACACAUUUGUCAGGGACUUAGAAAACAAAGUAAACACCAAGGAGGUCCUGGAUUUGCGGAAGCGGGAGAUGUUACACAAGAAAUGGAAUGAUCGUGUGUAUGAGCCACUUAGGGAGAAAAUCAUUGAUGUGAUGGACGGUGAAGAUUGGCCUGAACUGGACCGUCGGAAACGUGAGCUGCACAAACAGUACCUGGAAUUUGUCAAUCAAAAGGGUCAUGUAUUUUUAGAUACAAUGGAUCCUGCAGAGUAUUAUGCCCAGGCUUUAAAUGGCCACAGACCAGCUCCAAUCAAGGUAGUUUAUAAUGUCCCUGAUAAAAGACCAGUCACAGCACCAGCACAGAUUGCCACCAAGGCUUUCCGUGACCCCCUAUUAUCUCAGGGCCGCGAGCGCAGUGCCGAGGAGAGAACGAUUCUAAGAUGUAUGACAGGGCAUGAUUACACCGACAAGGACAUUGAGCAGGUCAAGUUACCUCCCCUACCCCUGGUCCCGCUCGGGCGCCACGGUACAGACAGUAUCAGGUGGCUAGAAAUGCCCCUCCACAAUAUCGAGAGCACACCACGGAUGGCCAGCAGACGAAGAAUGCAUGGCACGUUCAAUCAAAGCCAGCUAGAUUUUGAGGAGUGGUCCAAGGCACAGAGGAACAGAACCCAGGUGGAGGUCGAGAUGCAGACCCAGAAGAAGCGAAUGUAUAAAGAAGUCCCCCCAUUUAAAAUCCCUCCACGGGAAGUCCCCUCCUCAUACUCAGAGCCUAAGACCAUCGGAAUUCAGACCAUUCCUGAGGAAACGGAGCAAUUGACUCUCAAAAACUGGGUGCCAUCUAACGAGUCCCCCUCUAUACCUGUAGGGGCUUCAUAGGGAGCUUUAGUGGAGGACAAAAUAUUGCAUUUAAUUUUUUUUAGAAGUGCUAUAUUUUUUAACUAGAUUUAAGAACUGCAUUUAGGGAGGAAUAUGUGCCUUUUGAAAUCACUGUGCCUGACAUUCUAUGAUGCUAUUUUUAUGUUCAGAGUUAAUUAUUUUUAGAUAUGAUACUGGCAUCUGUGAUACCCCUCAGAUUAUUAUUAUUUUUAGAUUUUUACUCUUUGUUUAAGAAAAUUAUUAAUGUUGAAUCCAUUUACGAAUUGAACAUUUCAAUUUUUUUCACCAUUUACUAUUACAAAGGAUUGUUAUUAGUUUAUUUGGAUGAGAUUUUGAAGUCUUAUUGUUUACAAGAUUGUAUAUAUUUGAGUGCCUGUAGACAGUCCAGCAUUAUAUAUAUUUUUUUAGAUGCCAACAUGUCUAUGUUAGACAAAACUAAAAAUUUAGUGGAUUUUUGUGUGUCUUUCUUACCUUCAAUCUUUGACAUACAUAUCAAUUUUUGACCACUUAGGUUUAUUUUAAUCUUGAAACAAUGAAAUUUUGAAACAAUUAUAUAUUUUUUACUUCAAUUUCGACAUUUUUUCAUGUGUGAAUGUAAGGUUAGUUUCUAUUAUGAAUAUUUUUAUACAAAACAGAAAAUUCGGUAAGCCUGUAUGUUGUACGUUCCCCAUGCUGUUUGGUGGUGCUACCCACUAGUCAUCUAUACAGAAGUGUCUGCACCCCUGUGUGUUUUAUCAUUUCUGUUGGAUUAUGUGUAGAAUUGUGAAUUAUUUUUUAUAGACCAGAACUGCACUUUUUACAUGAGCAUUUUCACAUAGAAAUUAAAAUAUGAAACAAUUAA